UGCACUCACCCGGUGAGACGGAUGGAAUGGAGGGAUCUAAACAAAACGCAGAAGCGCGACUACAUCAGUGCUGUCGUCUGUCUAACUGAGAAAGAAUCAGUCUUUGAGCCAGGGAGCAGCCUUUACGAUGACUUUGCAUAUAUGCAUGUGUUCGAAGGCACUGUCACGCAUUACGCUGCUUCAUUCCUACCCUGGCAUCGAUACUUCAUUCACACAUACGAAAAAGCAUUGGUAGAGGAGUGCGGAUUCCAGGGAUCUUUGCCGUACUGGGAUUGGGCAUUGGACGCCCAUGACCUAGCCGUCUCUCCGAUCUUUGAUCCUAAUGAUGGCUUCGGUGGUAACGGUACAAGCGGAAGCUCUUUACCCGAAAUAUUUGGGGGCCAUUGUGUUACAGAAGGUGCCUUUGCGAAUGCAACCCGCCAGUGGCAGUCAAAGUCGAACGGUCAUGGAUUCGAUAUCUUGAGGAAUCCUCACUGCCUCGGCCGAGGCUUUCAGGUGGGUGAGAAAAAGGUCAAGUUGGAGAAUCGAGUCACGACCGACGCUAUUAAUAGCGUGCUGAGUAUAGCAGCAUAUGAAGAAUUUGUUGAUGCGCUCGAAGUUCAAGCUCACAACUCGAUUCCUCAGUUUGUGCGAGGGGACUUUUACGGGCUGACCGCACCAAACGAUCCUGUGUUUUAUCUACAUCACGCCCAGGUUGAUCGACUAUGGUGGCUAUGGCAGCAGCAGGAUAUCGAAAGCAGAGCUAAGACCUAUCAGGGUCCUAGACAGAAUACCAGGGUCCAUGCCAACGAGUCCCUAACGGGAUCUAGCCUGGAGGAUGUUCUCUCGCUGGGUAAUCUGUCAAAGCCGAUUCGGGUUCAUGAUGUAAUAACAACGGAGUCAGAGGUUCUAUGUUACCGCUAUUGA